GAUCUGUCAGAAAUGUCUAUACAUAGUUGUUGUAUUCAGAAUCAGCAGAAUACCCUUGAACGUCGUCUGAUACGUUUCAUUAGAUUUUGUUGAAAAUCCAUCACUGAUAAUAGAUGCGAUGGAAGUUUGCUAAUACCGCUCAAAGCUGUAUUUGUAGUUAACUUGUAUUAUCGUUUUUUUUCAAUUGUGAAAAGUGUUGGUGCCGAGUGAUAAAUAUUUUUCGUGCAAAGCAUUUAUAUUUAAAAAUAUUUUACUGCGAAAACUUGCUUGAUUUUUGAACUUGUUUUGGUUGCUUCGCGUAAAGUAUUAAUUUUUUCCGUAUUCAACAAAGAGAAGGUCACCCUGGAAAAUGCGGCUAUUUCCGGUGCGUUUGUCCAACAUCAACAAAAUGUUGGACUUUUAUUCUCAGUUCAACCCAUCUCCCUUGAGCAUCAAACAAUUCAUUGAUUUUGGUCUAAAUGCUUGUCCUACAAAGUCGUUUAUAUUUCUACGCAAAGAGCUACCGGUGAGAUUAGCAAAUAUAAUGAAAGAGAUUACUUUACUACCUGAAGGUCUACUAAGAAUGCCGUCAGUGGGUCUAGUCAGUGCAUGGUACGUGAAAAGUUUCGAAGAAAUGCUAGCGUUUGAGAAAACCGAUCCCUCUGAUGAUAAUUUGGAGAAAUUCUGCAAAUCCCUAACGAAGAUCCGUGAUCGGCACUCAGAUGUUGUUCAAACCAUGGCACAGGGUAUUCUAGAGCUGAAAGAAUCGCGAAAUGGUCACAUUGAACCCUCCACAGAGCUCUCCAUGCAGUAUUUCCUGGACAGAUUAUACAUGUCUCGCAUUAGCAUUCGUAUGCUAAUCAACCAACACACAAUCUUGUUUGGUGAAAUACCGCAAACUGGCAGGCAUGUGGGGUGUAUAGAUCCUCUUUGCGAUCCCCAUAUGGUAGUGCGCGAUGCUUAUGAAAAUGCUCGCUUUCUUUGCGACCAAUAUUAUUUGGCUAGUCCAGAACUCGAGGUUAUAGAACAUAAUGAUCUAGAGAAGGAAAAGCCCAUUAAAAUCGUCUACGUGCCAUCACAUCUGUAUCAUAUGCUUUUCGAACUAUUUAAGAACGCCAUGCGGGCUGUCAUGGAGUACCAUGGUGCUGAAGAUGACAUCCCUUCCAUUAAGGUUACUAUUGUGAAGGGUAAAGAAGAUAUUUGCGUAAAAAUGUCGGAUCGCGGUGGUGGUAUUCCUAGAUCUCACGUCGAUCAACUUUUCAAGUAUAUGUACAGUACUGCUCCGCAACCUCCAAAAUCUAAGUCAGAUCUACCGCUAGUUCCACUAGCCGGUUAUGGCUACGGUUUGCCAAUUUCACGGCUCUAUGCACGUUACUUUCACGGAGACCUAGUCUUAUUUUCAUGCGAAGGUUACGGAUCUGAUGCAGUGAUAUAUUUAAAGGCACUGUCAGAUGAAGCAAACGAGUUGUUGCCUAUCUUCAACAAAACAAGCUCUCGUUUUUAUAAGGCCACAGUACCUACUGGUGAUUGGUCUAAUCAGGGCCGAACGAAUUUGAGAUGUCCAGCUUCUUCUGUCUUGGGCAGCCGUUCUCCAGUCUCCCCGUACACCAGCAGAUCGUGCAUCUUCUUCCACCGCGCACAUCCACCGCGUGCGAGGCCUACCACGGAGUCGACGGCCUCUUCCUGGCUCACUACUGAAGAUAGUUUUGGCGGCUCUCUCGUCAGGCAUCCUGGCUACGUGUCCAACCCACUGAAGCCUGCCCCGCUGUAUUACCUCCACUAUAUCAGCAUGUUUGUAUACCUGGUACAACUCGUGAUUCAUGCGUCUGCGCCACACUCCACCUUCCAAUUUACCGCCAUGUAUCGAUCGCAGAACUUUGCGUUAAAAAACUCCGAGCACUCGUCGAUCAGCUUUCUUCAGCGUCCAUGCUUCAUGUCCGUAAAGGGCCACCGGGAGUAUCAGCGUCCUAUACAGCGCUAGUUUUGUGCGAGUUUGCAAACUACGGGACCUUAGCUGGUUACGCAGUCCGUAGAAAGCCCUGUUCGCAGCUGCAACUCGUCGUUUCACUUCACGGCUCAUAUCGUUGUCACAUGUCACAAGCGUACCAAGAUGAACGAAUUCGUCAACCACUUCAAAUCGUUCCCCAUCUAUCUCCACCUCAUUCUGUGCCGAACACGCAUCAGUACUGGACGUGUUUGGUGAUCGGUCCGAUAGAGUAUAAAACAAAAGACGUGUGAACAAGUGUUGGCAUUGUUUGCCUGGUCGAGUGAAAUAAAUCCGGGUUCAAGGUCGUU